UUUGUCAAAGAACAUGCGACCCGCUACACUCAACUUGCGCACUUACCAUAUUUUGAUCUCGUCGAACAGAUUGUCAUCGAUCCAAUGCACAAUCUUUUCUUAGGUCUCGUCAAGACUCACUUUUACAACAUCUGGGUCCAAAACAAGAUACUUCGACCCAACCAUGAGCUUGCGAAGUUUCACGACAUGAUUGCUGAUUUCAUCAUCCCUAGCUCCUGUGGCAAGCUACCCACUGACAUUGGCAUGCCGUCUGGAGGUUCACUUACGGCGGACCAAUGGCUACUCCUCUCUACUGUAUAUGGGCCAAUUAUCAUUCCUCAACUCUGGAGCGCUUGCCUUCUGACUGAUGCCAGCGGCAAGGUUCUAAACCAGCACCUCGAUGUUAUUCAGAGGCUGGAAACACAGAAACAGGUAGCGGCAUCACAUAAGGCUGACAACAGGAAAUCUCUUGCCGAAGCGAAGAAACAAGGCAUGGAUGCCUACGCCCUUGAGAAAGCUCGAAUUGCCCAGGAAAAGCUCGCGCUGGCUGAAGCAAAGAAGACAGCCAAACUCAAGGCAGCUGCAGCCAAGGAAGCAGAGAAGCUCAGGUUAGCGACUGAAAAGAAAGCACGCGCUGCUCAAAAGGUAUCACUAUAUGGCUCAGCCACUAUAAAACCAAACCACCACUAUGCCACACAUGUUGCUGAUUGUGUUCGAAAUUUCGGGCCUCUUCACGACUUCUGGACCUUCCUUUUUGAACGUUUAAACAAGGUUCUGAAGUCUUUCAAGACUAAUAAUCAUGCAGAUGGCGAACUCGAGACAACUUUCUUUCACGAAUUCCAGAAGACAUGUCAAACAAGUCGCUUGGUAAGCUUUCGAGCAUAUUUUCCUAAAAAUUCUGACUGA